UGUUUAAACUUUGGAACUUCUUUGUUUGCCUCCCUUGCUUUGUUCUCAUUCAUCGGACAUGCAUCUUAUACUUCAGGAAUCCCAAUUGAUGAUAUGAAAGUGCAAGGAAUGGAACUGACCUUUGUGGUGUAUCCAGCUCUGAUCAAUACUUUACCUUGGCCCCAUCUUUGGAGCAUUCUGUUCUUCACCAUGAUGACAAUGCUGGGCUUUGGAACUGAAUAUGUACUUAUUGAAGUUUGAAGUGAAACUUUCCAUGGAAUUUGUAGUAGAAGAAAGAAUUACAAAUGGAAGAAGAUAGUAAUGACUUUUAUUGUCUGUCUCAUCAUCCUUAUUCUCAAUCUGGUCUUCUUUUCCUCAAGCACUGGCUAUUACUGGGUGGAAUAUGUUGAUCAUUACUCAGCAAAUAUAAAUAUGGUUGCUUUCUCCUUUAUUCAGGGGGUUUUGUUUGCAUACUUCCUCCCUAUUGAGGACUUAGUUGAUAAAGUCAAGAAAUUCGGAGAGACAACUCCAAAGCUAUACAUUUUCUGUCUGAAGUAUGUCUGCCCAACACUCUCUUUAUUUCUAUCUGUUACAGCUAUAUACGGAGAUAUUACCAAAGAGGAUAAACCAGAGGUUUGGAUUGACCAAUUGGUGUGUUACACUAUCUUUAUACAUAUGUUUCUAAAUAUUGAGAUAGACAACUCCAAGGUUUCAUUUUUACUAUCAUAA